GCGCUUCUAUAAAACCCUUUUAUACUCCAUUGCUUAACCAUUCUUUUAGCGACUGCGGAAGGCGGCGGAAGCAAUAGACGAUGGUGUCGCUCAAGCUUCAGAAGCGGCUCGCCGCCAGCGUUCUUAGCUGCGGAAAGGGCAAGGUCUGGCUUGACCCUAAUGAGGUCAGCGAGAUAUCCAUGGCCAACUCGCGGCAAAACAUUAGAAAGUUGGUAAAGGAUGGUUUUAUUAUAAAGAAACCUAUGAAGAUUCACUCUAGAUCCCGUGCCAGGCGCAUGGCAGAAGCGAAGAGAAAGGGCCGUCACUCGGGAUAUGGUAAGCGUAAGGGUACUCGGGAGGCUAGGCUUCCUACCAAGGUUCUGUGGAUGAGGAGGAUGAGGGUCUUGAGGCGUUUGCUCAGGAAGUAUCGGGAUGCUAAGAAAAUUGACAAACACAUGUACCAUGAUAUGUAUAUGAAGGUGAAAGGUAAUGUUUUUAAGAACAAGAGGGUGCUGAUGGAGAGUAUUCACAAGUCUAAGGCUGAAAAGGCAAGAGAGAAGACACUUUCUGACCAGUUUGAAGCGAAGAGGGCGAAGAGCAAGGCGAGCAGGGAGAGGAAGAUUGCUAGGAGGGAAGAACGGCUGGCUCAGGGCCCUGGAGAGAAAGCACCAUCAGCAGCAGCAACUGCCACAACUCAAUCAUCAGAGUCUCUACCUAAGAGAACAAAGAAGUGAAACUCGGUAUCGACGCAAUGUUGGUGAGGUAUUUCUGUAAUAUGGGAAAUAGAUUUUUCCGGCUGCGUAGUUCUUCUAACAUUCUAAACUAUGCAACAUUUUUUCUUAUAUAUUUUUUCCCUAGACCGUGAUAAUUUGUAUCUGACAUUGCAUUUUGCUAUUAAAUAUGUUUUUUGUUGGCGACCUUAUUAUAUUCCUCUACUUUCAUCUGAUGU